UAUACACUUUUUUUUUCAUUUCCCACUAGUUCAGCCCUUUUUCGUUCCAUUAUUUCAUGUCCUCAAUUGAGUUUUAUUUACAUCCACCAUCGCCUCCACUGCCUGCCUCGCCAGAACCGGUAUCAAUAAACAACGACGAAGAAAACACACCCUCACUUCAGCGCAACCCCUCCAUUUCACUGCCAUCAGUAAGCGUACUACUGAACGAAUCGUCGCCAUGCGUGUCAUCCUUGGACACGGAACAUCAGGAAUCGCUGCCCAGUUUAAGGUUACCGAAGAUUUUAUCCCCCAGUUCAACUGUAGACGACCUGCCGUCUGUACCUUCUUUGACAGUUUCCAUUCCUCAAGACACCGUCUCCGUUUCUCCAUUUAUUUUUCCUUCGAUACACCUCAGACAUCGCCCUGUUCUCCAUGUCUGUCUUACGAAAGAGUAUAUUCGUCGUCACAAACAUCACAACAGCAACCGCAGCCCUGCUUUCUAUUACCGCCUCCCGUUAGCACCCGCCGCUGUCGAUCCUUGUCCAACGCAUCAACGUCAUCUCAGUCCUCUGUGCGCACAUUUCCAUCCCUUUCCUCCACCCCUCCCAUCUUACAACAACGCCGUCUCUCUGAUCCACCCGUAUUCCACUCUGAUUUAUCAUCCUUUAUUUCAUCUCAUCGACCUCACUCCACUUCACCUUCGCCAUGUCUGUCUCCACGCAUCCCUGAAUCCUGCAACGCUCCCUUUGUCACCAAACGAAAACGAGGUCGACCACCAAAUGCACAGCGUAACGUAUCUCAGCGUGAUAACUGGACUUUUGUCACGCCCACUGUAUGGGAUGUCAAACGAAAAGAAGAGGAACCGCCUCAAGAUAACAAAGCGACGAUACCGCCUGAAUCCAGUAAUCAUCAGAUGAUGGUACUGAUGUGGCCAACCGAAAAGCACGCAACAGGUGACGAAGACGACAAUAAGUUGCAAUCAUCCAACACCAGUUUGAACACAUUUACCAAUACGAGAAUGGAUACCACAUUAACGAUGCCGAAAAAGAAGCGAGGGCGUAAACCAAAGAUGCAGCUGGCGGGAAAUUCUUGUUUUGUAUGGCGUGAUCUGACGGCACGACGAGGCGCGAAUCGUAAAAAAGCCGCGCAAAAGAUGAAAUCCAAACAACCUACCGAAGACCCAGAUAUUGAUGCCGCCGUCUCCAUACAAGGCUUAACGAUAGCCGAUAAAACUUGA